UCGAUAGUAUUGUUUUCAGACGGGGAUCGACGGUGAAGGCAAAAUUGGUCAAAAAUUCAUCCUUCAAAGUUCAAAGCUUUCGCAAUUUCAACGAAUUUUGAAGAAUCGUCAGAAACAACUCGAUCGUUUUCUUCUUACUGCUUGAAUCACGAGAUAAUGAUCCGAUUCAUUCUGCUUCAGAACCGGCAAGGGAAGACUCGUCUCGCUAAGUAUUACAUUCCUCUUGAAGAAUCUGAAAAGCACAAGGUCGAAUACGAGGUUCAUCGGUUGGUCGUAAACAGAGAUCCCAAAUUCACUAACUUCGUUGAGUUUCGUACACACAAAGUUAUCUACAGGCGAUAUGCUGGACUGUUUUUUUCACUUUGUGUUGAUAUUACAGAUAAUGAGCUAGCGUAUUUGGAGGGAAUCCACUUAUUUGUUGAAAUCCUCGAUCACUUUUUCAGUAACGUCUGUGAACUAGAUUUGGUCUUCAACUUCCAUAAGGUGUAUCUGAUAUUAGACGAGUUCAUUCUUGCUGGGGAAUUCCAAGAAACAAGCAAGAAGGCAAUCAUAGAGAGGAUGGGGGAGUUGGAAAAGCAGGAGUGAGAUGCAUGGUGCUAUUUCUAGAAAUCAAGUACAAUUUCUGUUUGGUCUUCUUCAGCUCUCUGAACAUUUUGUGUAUGAAAGUUCCAUUUCCAUGAUUCAUGCUUGAUCGAACACCAUUUUCUUUCAACGGAUUUCAUUCGUGAUUAUUGUAUAUGAAAUACGGUAUACCAAGACUUCCCCUAAAAAGAGGAUUCAGUGACUACAUUACAUUUACUGUUCUAGGGUGUUAAAUAUGAACUUGGUGACUUUCAUUGCACAAGGUAAGGUAUAUGAAUUGUCAUUUUC